UUUCAUUUUCAACUCCCAACGGUCAACCAGAACUACCCAACUUUCCAAAGGUUUCAGUCCCAACAACCAGUCCCCUCCCUCCUUCCCCACCGAUAUUGUCUACAUAUACAUGCAUGUUGAUAUGCAAUGUGUCCGUAUCUGUGUCACUCAAUCAUUUCAUGUUUGGGACUGAAUUAUCCGUCUCAAACGUUGUUUACUAACCAUGCACAAAGAACAAUAUAUAUCGUCUCGAAAGAACUACUCGGAGUUGGGACUAACAGAGGAUCAUUUUACUGGCGAGGAGCAAUGUCUUGGAUCAAGAAUUUAUGGGAAGUUGAUAAAGCUUAAAGCUGAUGCUGAAAGUGGUUUUUUAAAAGCCUAUGAAAUGGGUCGAUCAGAGCCAAGAAAAGUUGUUUUUGCAGCUAAAAUGGCGCUGGCAUUGGUCAUUGUAUCACUUCUCAUUUUCUUCCAGGAACCAUUGUCGUAUAUCGGGGACGAGUGCAUCUGGGCAAUCCUGACUGUGGUGGUUGUGUUUGAAUAUAGCAUAGGAGCUACACUUAGUAAGGGAUUUAAUCGUGCUUUGGGGACUCUGUUAGCAGGAGGAUUGGCUCUUUGCAGUGCUCAAUUAUCCCAAAUGGCUGGGAAAUUUCAACAAGUUGUGAUUGUAAUAAGCAUAUUCAUUGCAGGUUUCUCUGCAAGCUAUCUGAAACAGUAUCCGUCAAUGAAGCAAUAUGAAUAUGGGUUUCGUUGUUUCUUGUUGACAUAUUGUAUUGUUCUGGUAUCCGGGAUGUCACAUUUUGUUGCUACAGCUUCUUCAAGAUUGUUGCUAAUUUCUGUUGGAGCCGGUGUUUGUUUGGUAGUAAAUGUAUGCAUUUAUCCCAUAUGGUCAGGCGAGGAUUUGCACAAAUUGGUGGUAAAAAACUUUAAGGGUGUUGCUAACUCCUUGGAAGGCUGCGUUGGUCAGUAUCUGCAAUGUGUUGAAUACGAGAGAAUUCCUUCUAAAAUUCUUAUAUAUCAAGCUUCUGAUGAUCCAUUGUACAAUGGGUGUAGAGCUGCUGUACAGUCUAGUAGCCAAGAAGAAUCCCUGCUAGGAUUUGCAGUUUGGGAACCCCCUCAUGGCCGAUACAAAAUGUUCAAUUAUCCUUGGAGUAACUAUGUCAAAGUUACUGGUGCAUUAAGGCAUUGUGCAUUUACUAUCAUGGCAAUGCAUGGCUGUAUACUUGCUGAGAUACAGGCAGCAGCUGAGUUGCGAGCAGUAUUUAGGAACGAGAUUGAGAAAGUUGGCACUGCAGGGGCUAAAGUGUUACAUGAGCUUGGAGCCAAGGUUGAGAAGAUGGAAAGAUUAAGCCCGGGAGACUUGCUAGCAGAAGUGCACGAGGCCGCUGAAGGGUUGCAACUGGCUAUUGACGAAAAAUCAUUCCUUUUGAUCAAUGCUGAGAGUUGGGCAAGUUCCAGAAUGCCAGAGGAAUUUGGGGACCCUAAUCACUUACAAGAUCUGAAAGAUGCUGAAACUAGAAAUAUGGUUAUAAGCUCCCUCAGCCAACUGGCGGGUCAUUUGAGAUCAACCCACACGCCAAGGCACUCAAACAUGAUCAGAACCUCCUCUGUUGCACAAGUAGUCUCAUCUGAAGAUGUAUUCAGGCACCAACAAUGGCCUUCACGUCUAUCUUUUACUGGUGACACUGUUCUUAAUGAACGCGAAGAAAGGACGUAUGAAAGUGCAAGUGCAUUGUCAUUGGCUACCUUUACUUCUUUGUUGAUGGAGUUUGUCGCAAGGCUUCAAAAUCUUGUUAACUCAUUCGAAGAGCUUAGUGAGAAAGCGAAAUUUACGGAACCUGCAGUUAGCUCAGCAGUAUAUGUUGAGUAGUCCAAAAGGAAAAGCAACUUGAUUCUUGAUCGUAACACAAGUCUGAUUGAUCGUGUAUGUCAAUGGAGACAAACAUUUCCUGCACGGCGAUAGCCUAACGAUUGACAUUGAUUAUAUUGUCUGAUCUCGGUCGGUCAGGAAGAAGAAAAAGAUCAGACAAAAAAAAUGAAUCAGAUGUUUUUAGAUAAUAAGUAUUCUGAUCAGAGAGCGUUUGAUCAGAGAGCACAUAAAAUUACAUUUAAAAAAUCAAACAACAUAUAUAAUGGAACAAAGGAAGUAUUAUUCUUAACUUAGCUUCGUAAUAUUUUUACGUUUGUAACAUUUUUUCUCUAUAAGAAUGUGAUUAAAUACAAGCCAAUAUCAAUCUAAAUAUUAAAAAUUAAUUUUAAAAUAAUCAAAGAUCUCCCAGUACUUUUGUGCUUUGACCGCAGUGAGGACUGAGGAACAGCCUGAAAGCCGUUGGAUAGUGCAGCUGGG